ACCGGCACGCUGCAGUGUCAGUGUGUUAGCUGUUCUGUUGACGGUACAGUGCUGGUGUAGUGUGUUAGCUGUUCUGUUGACGGUACAGUGCUGGUGUAGUGUGUUCGCUGUUCUGUUGACGGUACAGUGCUGGUGUAGUGUGUUAGCUGUUCUGUAGACGGUACAGUGCUGGUGUAGUGUGUUAGCUGUUCUGUUGACGGUACAGUGCUGGUGUAGUGUGUUAGCUGUUCUGUUGACGGUACAGUGCUGGUGUAGUGUGUUAGCUGUUCUGUUGACGGUACAGUGCUGGUGUAGUGUGUUAGCUGUUCUGUUGACGGUACAGUGCUGGUGUAGUGUGUUAGCUGUUCUGUUGACGGUACAGUGCUGGUGUAGUGUGUUAGCUGUUCUGUUGACGGUACAGUGCUGGAGCGCUGGUGUAGUGUGUUCGUCGCAGCUCUUCUUCUAUCAAAAAUUCUGUGGAUUGUAAUUGGGGGACUACUGUUUGGGCUGGACCUAUUGGACUGUGGGUUUGUGUGUUCGGACCUGGCAUACACACGUGUGUGUGUAUGAACGAUCUAUAUUGUGACUGAACAACACACGUGCAAACAGUAAUUGUUAGGAGGGUGUGGAUUACCCGUAUCUGGGCAGUGUGUGUGGAUGUGUGUGUGUGUAAAUGUCUGUGGCAGUGGAAUCAGGAAUGGACAGCACACUUCAGAGGAGAGAAGAGAGCCACCCUGCAAUGGACUGCACGAACGGCGAGGCCCGACUGGGCCCUCCCAUCAUCAUGUGUACCCGUCCAUAUCCAGACUGCAGUGUGGAGCAGGGGGAGUGUUGUGACAUGGACAGUACCAAUGAGAGCGGGGUGGGCUCUGACAUCUCUGACGGGGGGCGGAGCAACGAGAAGGAGGAGGGGCUCGGCGGACUGUUCAACAAUUCUGGCCAGCUGAUUGGCUCGGCUUCUGCGUCCGUCUUCUCGGGGGAGGAGCAGUUUGAGGACUACGGAGAGGGGGAGGACGUGGACUACACUCCCAGCAGCCCUUGCCCCGACGAUGACGUGCGAACCAACGGCUUCUCAGACCUGGGCUCCUCUCUGCCCUCCAGUGCUGGUCAGACCCCUCUGAAGAUGUGUCACCUGUACAACAGUGAUGUGUUGGAUGUAUAUUGUUCUCAGUGCUAUAAGAAGGUUAACCUGCUCAACGACCUGGAGGCCAGGCUCAACAACCUCAGAGCCAACAGCCCCAACAGAAAGAUAUCCAGCACUGCCUUUGGACGUCAGUUGUUCCAACACAACCACAGUGCUUUUAGCAGCAGUCAGGGAAGCACAGAGGACCUGUUCAGAGACUCCAUUGACUCUUGUGAUGUGGACAUUACUGAGAAGGUGAGUUACCUGGAGAAGAAGGUGACAGAGCUGGAGAAUGACAGUCUGGCUAAUGGAGACCUCAAGUCUAAACUCAAACAGGGCAACACACAGCUAGUACACAGGGUUCAUGAGUUGGAGGAGCAGCUGAAGGAUCAGGAGAGCAGAGCAGAACAGACCCUGGAGGAAGAGACACAUAGACACAGAGAGACCUACUGCAAGAUGGAGAGAGACAAGAAUACUGAUAUAGAGCUGCUCACUAACAGAGUUCAGCAGCUGGAGGAGGAGAAUGGAGAGAUGAAACUGAACGUGUGUAAACUGAAGUCUCAGACUGAGAAACUAGACCAGGAGAAGCAGCGUAUGACAGACCGGUUAGAGGACACCAGUCUGAGGCUGAAGGAUGAGAUGGACCUCUACAGGAAGAUGAUGGACAAGCUGUGGCAGAACAGACAUGAAUUCCAGAAGGAGAGAGAGGCCAUGCAAGAGUUGAUAGAGGACCUGCGUCGGGAGUUGGAGCACCUGCAGCUGUUUAAACUGGGUUCAGAGGCGGGGCAGGGGGCGGGGCUAUCAGAAUACAACGCCAAGACACGGGAAAUAGAGAUGGAGCAUGAGGUCAAGAGACUCAAACAGGAGAACUUUAAGCUGCGGGACCAGAACGAUGACCUGAACAGUCAGAUCCUCAGUCUGAGUCUGUAUGAAGCUAAGAACCUGUUUGCCUGCCACACCAAGGCCCAGUCACUGGCUGCUGAGAUAGACAACGCUUCUAGGGACGAGUUGGUAGAUGCUCUGAAGGAACAGGAAUGUGUAAACCUUCGUCUGAGACAGUAUAUGGAUAAAAUCAUCCUGGCCAUUCUGGACCACAACCCCUCAAUCCUGGAGAUCAAGAGUAACAGUUAAACACACACUCUCACACACACACUCUCACACACACACUUCCACGCCUGGGGAUGGGACAGAACUUAAAACAACUGACAGCUGUCUGUGGUUUACAGCUGAAACUCGCCGUCUAUCUGUCAAUCAACUGUUAGAUGUCCCGCCUCCUUUAUCUAUCCCACCAAUGAUUAACUGUUGUUAUGUUGCCAAGAAAAGAAACGGUGGUAUUGAAUGACUCUACCUGGAUGAUGUUGUGUUGGAGUAGCUAUCUGGAGACUAGUAGUACUAUCAUGGUGUUCACUUUAUUAUGAUGAUGAGGAGGAUGAUGAUUAUUCUAAGUUAUGCAGACACACUCCCUCUGGGUUCACUAGCUCCAGUAUGACUGUCCAUUAGCCUCGAAUGAUGUAAUCAUUUAUUACUGAUUCAACAAUGGGAAUAUUUGCAAACAGAGCACCACUUCUGAUUGGCUAACUGAGCUGUUCAAUCACAUUCAAAAGUGGGUAAAGGUCGUAGGUGAGCGGAUGAGGAAGUAACAGAUAGUGUGGGUAGGUUAAGGAAAGGAAUUUAAGAUCUGAUAGCUUGGUAGAGAUGGAGUCGUUGGCCCUAUUGGGGCUGUUAUGAUGUUUGAUGCCAGGAUACAGUACCAGUCAACAGUGAGGUGUGCAACAGGGACCAAGGGUGUGUCUCAAUAGUCACUUCCUCUUCUUGUCUUCUCUUUCAUCUUCAGUGAUAGGAUAGGUGAAAGCUGCUCGACUACUUUGGACCAGGGCCCAAUGACACCCUAUUCCCUUUUUAUAGUGCACUACUUUGGACUAGACCCAAUGUCACCCUAUUCUCUUUAUAGUGCACUACUUUGGACCAGACCCAAUGACACCCGAUUCUCUUUAUAGUGCACUACUUUGGACCAGGACCCGUAGGGAUUAGGGUGCCAUUAGGGAUGCAUAGACAGUGUAGGUACUACUAGGAGUAUAACCAGCUUGUUGUGCUGUAUAGUAAUGUAUAACCUCCGUGCACGGACUUACGUGUUCGUAGUAGGGAAACACAUUGUAUUACGGUCCUCAUGUAAUUCUACACUGAAAACAUAGGGUCCUGUUCAAUAGGGAUACAUUGUUUUCAAACUGAGUCGAAUGGUACAAGUACUACCUGAACUUGUCCAAUAAGAACAAAUGUUUUUGUUUUCCGUUGCAAAACGUUUUGCUACCGUGUGCCCUAGUGAACACGACCCACCCUGGACUUGAAAAAGGCCAACAAGAGGUAUCAAUGUGGUAGUUAUUUAGGGGACAAACCUGACUUUCCACUCAAGUCAAACUGUUCACUCAGUCAUGCCUUGAUGUCAAUGGGAGACGAGGUGAAAAUGUUACGUAAAUGGAAGUUAGGAUUUGCCUCUAAGAGAAUAAGUGUCAUGAGUUGUUAGGAAUAUGUCUAUAAAGGUUAAAUGUUUAUUUUUCAUACAGAUCUAUAAGAUGAUAAAGGUUGUGGACGGUCUUUUGAUCAGACUGGAAUGAGGGUAAGGAGAUGUCAGAGCAUUGGGGGUGAGAUCUGUCCAUUAUCGAGAACAACAUGGUAGUCACUAUAAUCAAUGAAUCGCCAUGACGAUAAUCCCUGGAUCUAGGGUGUAUGUAAGAGGGUGGGGCCAGCUCAUAUAUAGAGUGUAUAGGUUCUGUAAUACCUAUAGAUUGAGAGAGCUCUUUUCUGUGUAUGUCAUGAUUGUACUGUGCCACCCACACACACACACACCACAGUAGCUUGUUGAAUUCACUGUACUGUAGAUGGAUAGAUAGCCAGGACUUCAGGUCAUUGAUUUCACCUCGUUAAUAACUGAUUGUGUCUCUAAAGAAGAAUCUGUGUAGACAGUCAGUGUGAUGUCACACUAACACUAGUUUUGCUUCGUUGCACAAAUUGUACUAAUGAGCAGUUUUCUCAUGGUGUUUUCAUGGUUUCUCAUGGUGUUUUCAUGGUUUCUCAUGGUGUUUUCAUGGUUUCUCAUGGUGUUUUCAUGGUUUCUCAUGGUUUCUCAUGGUUUCUUCAUGGUUUCUCAUGGUGUUUUCAUGGUUUCUCAUGGUGUUUUCAUGGUUUCUCAUGGUUUCUCAUGGUGUUUUCAUGGUUUCUCAUGGUGUUUUCAUGGUUUCUCAUGGUUUUUUCAUGGUUUCUCAUGGUUUUUUCAUGGUUUCUCAUGGUGUUUUCAUGGUUUCUCAUGGUUUCUCAUGUUCUCUCAUGGUUUCUCAUGUCUUAUUCAGUUUCUAGUUUUUCUUUGUGCCUUUUGUAAAUGAGCAACGAGGUGUCACCAUUAGAUUGAGGUUAUUUUUCUAGUCAUGUUUUUUUAGUUUGUCCGUUGGUCAUCGUGAGUGAGCUUUUUAUCAGUUUGCUUUCCAACACGUCGCCGGAGCAUUUUUCAUACAUUGUAAAGUUUCUACAGAAUGUAGUUAGUUUGUAUUGAUGUGCCACUGACUCAUCCAACCUAAUAACUAGUAUUUUAUAGAGUUUAAAAAAGGAGUUCUAUCCUAGAGGUGAUGUUCUGUGUGACCUGGAAAUGUAUAGCACAUGUUAAUGACGUUGUCGUAGCGACUGUAUUUACUAUAGGAUGACCACCCUGGACUGAUAAACAACAUCAACAGGCUGAGUCUGGAACUAGGGAAUUAGAAUCAUAGAAUCAUUCUAAUUCUGUGUGACUGAAAACAGCCAAGGCUUGAAAAGUCCCAUGGUUUAAUACUGUGAAUCUCAGGCCCCGUUUGAGUACUUUAACAAUGCAUCCUACCAUCAUCUUCUCCUUGAGGUAAUAUAAUCACUGAUUAGGAAGGGAUUGGAUAAGUGAAUGUAUGUUUGCCAUCAUGUUUACACCUGUCUAACAUGGUCAGAUCAGUGAUGACUUGGAGGGAGGAAGGAUGCAUCUGUGAGGUAUUUGAACAGGCCCGUCAGUCUUUCGAUAGACAUAUCGUGAUGUGUUCACCUCACGCUAAAGAUCACUGAUGUUGUUCUGCUCAUGUACUGUUGGUCUGACAGUGACUUAUAGGAUGUUGUACAAACUUGAAAAUGUAAAUAAAAUGAAUUUGAUUUGGCAUGACCAAGGA